UUCAAAUUCCACCACUCAGCUCUACUGAACACACAGGCUCAAACUUCCAUUAAACCUUCAUCUCUGCUCUGUACUGUAUUUGACUAGAGUCGAGAGAGAGAAAGAGAGAGAGAGAGAGAGAGAGAGAGAGAUGUCGUCGGGUGUGCCUACAACUACUUCGACAAGAAGGAUGAAAUGGAACCAGGCGGCGCCACCGCCACCCACCCCAAAAAUCAUCCACUUGCCCAGGAGGCCUCGCCGGAAGAGCCCCAAGACGGCCGCGAAGAAGCCCCCUUCCUCCUCCUCCUCCUCCGCGGCCCACAAGUGGCGGCGCCACUCGCUCAACCCUAUGGAGCUCCUGCAUGAGGAGUACUACUACAAGGGGAAGCUGGAGAGGCUGUUCGGCCAGGAGAGGGAGUUCUCCAGGGCUGGGGUUGUUCCCAUUGUGGUUCUCAACUCCGCGGCUUCGUGUGGCGAUAGCGAUAGGAGGGAGCGAGUGGAGGAGGACGGCGGGGAGGCGGCGGCGGCGGCGUUUGCGGAGGAGAAGUGGCGGUUUCAGGCGGAGAUGUUGAGGGCGGAGUGUAAUUUCCUGAGAAUGGAGAGAGAGUUUGCUCUGAAGAAGCUGGAGAGAAAUCGAGUUCAAAUGGAAACCACUCUCAGAUCGGCAGUUCAGAGCCUUAUUUCUGGAAAGAAGAAAAUAUAUGAAGGAAAGAAUGGCAAUGCGAUUCUGGAAGAAGAGAUUGAGGAUUUGGAAGAGAAGCUGGAUGAGCUGAAAAGGAGCUCCAAGAAAAAUAAUAGGGAUUUUGAAAUCACGAAAUGCAGCAGCAACUUUGAUAAGCAAGCAAGCCUGUUGCAAAGAAGGCUGGAAAAGCUGGGUGGAUUAUCAGAUCAAAAAUUCCCCGAAAUCGAGGCUUCUGGCUGCAAAACCAUCAAAAAAUCCACUGAUGUUGAGUUAUUACGGAGAAUGGAAGGACUGUCAAAAUGCAUGUUAGAUAGAAUGGAGGAGGAAUAUGGAGCAAUAAUUUCUAGUACUACAGCCAAUGUCUCUACUGCCACUUCCACUUCCAAGCAAAUGGAGUUCUCUGACCCAUUGGCUUUCUCCACUCGACAACUGCAUCAGGAGGAGGAGAACAGAUGUUCUGGGCGUUGUAAAGCAAUAGUACGCAGGAUUGUAGAGCAAGUGAAAGCGGAGACAGAACAAUGGUCGCAAAUGCAAGAAAUGCUCGGGCAGGUGAGGGAAGAGAUGCAGGAACUCCAAGCUUCUCGUGAUUUCUGGGAAGACAGGGCUCUUGAAUCUGCUCGUGAAAUCCAGUCCCUGCAGUCUACAGUGCAAGAAUGGAAAGAAACAGCAUUGUCCUCUGAAGUCAAGGUUAAAGAGCUGCAGAUGCAACUAUCUGCAGCUAAAGAAAGUGUUGAAAAGUUGAGGGCAAAGCAAGGCAAUGGUCAAACCAGGGAGGCGAAAUCAACCCCGAAUUCACCCAAGGCUCCACUAGGCAAACAGAUUGAGAAAGAAAAACGGGUAGGGAAGGAAAACCAGGGUGUUGAUGAUGACAGAAGGGGCAAGACUAUUGGUGAGAGAAGUUUGGAAGUGGCACCGAUUUCUUUGGCGAAGCAGAUUGAGAAGGAGAAACGCAUGCUUCUGAGACGUCUCAAGGAUAACAUUCGGGGUAACAAUGAGAAGAUAGAGGUUUCUCCUAGCGAAAGAAGAAAAGCACAGACACACAAUGAUCCUAAAAGAUCACCAUUUCGAGAUGUUGCAAAUUCUUCGCCCUUGGUGAGGCAGAACAGCAAGGCGGUUUUUCCUUGGCACAGCCCUGAGCAUUGCAUUUGAAAACUUGAGAUAAAAGAGUUGAGUGAUAAGAAAUGAAAGCCAAAAUGCCCAUCUCUUCCCUUCCUUUCAGCUUCCCUCAUAGAUUUGAGAAGACUUCCUUUGGAAUAAUUUAUGGUCUUAGUUUGGGUAAUUAGAAAUUUGUGUUGUAUUUUAUCUGUUCCCUCACCAAGUAGUUAGAACAAUAGCUAGGUUAAUCUUUCUCACCACCCGGAAUAGCUAAAGGUGCAUUUCGAAAAGUGGUUAGAAUAGUCAAUCACCCAACAUUCCCUAUGCUCACAACGUUGACUUGUGUACUAUAAAGUUAUAAGUUUGACAUUUUCUUGAUUCUA